CCUCAAUCCUCAAACAAGCGACGAUUCAACUUGCAACAAAGGGAUGCCAAGGGCCAUUUUGCCUUUUCUUUUUCCUUCAACAUCUUGACCAGGUUUUCGAUCUUUUUUCUUGACCAUUUCCAUUUAACUUCAAGUGACACUGUCUUCUUAUUCUUUGUCCUUUGAUAGACAACACCAUACAUUGCUGACGACGCUGACGCUGGUUCGUUUCUCUCUCACGCCGCGAGGGCACGCUCGUCGACAAAGUACACCACAAUGAAGAAAUUCUUAGGAAGGAAGGACAAGAGUCCCAAACCUCCAACCGAAAACCCGUAUGCCCAAGAACCGGCAAACGAUCCCUAUGCUGCCUACCCGAAUGCCGCUCCCAAGUCUCAGGUCAGACCGCCUGGCGGAUUGCCUGCUGGGCCGGGUGGUGGGCUACCGAGCGGACCACGUGGGGGUUUACCCAGCGGGCCUGCACGCGGAAACUCGAUGAACUCUGUGAACUCGAUGAGCUCAACUAGCACGGCUCCUCCUCCAUACCAAACGCAGCAGCAGCAACAGCCUCCGCAACAGUCAUCGGGCUACGGCAACGAGCGUUACGGAGCCUCGGGCGGCUACGGAUCCUCCAACCGGUACGGCAACGAUAACGGCGGUGGCGGCGGUGGUGGUGGAUACGAAUCUUCGGCCGGUCGCCGCGGCCCCGGUGGCUAUGGUGGUCUUGGCCGGACCGACGCUAUGGACGACCAGGCAGGCAAGGAGGCCCUAUUUGGCGGAGGCAAAGAGCGAGUGCAAAAUGCGCCCCGCGGUCCCAAUGGGAAUGCUGGUGGCUAUGGGGCUUCGGCAGGCGGCUACGGGGCAUCAAACGGCGGCUAUGGAGCAGGCAACCAAGGCUCGACCGGGAACAAAUAUGGAGGUUAUGGCGAGGACCGGGAGCUUACCGAGGAGGAACGCAUCAAGCUCGAAGAGCGCGACCUCGCGAGGCAAAUCGACCAAGAGAGAGAUGCCACUGUUGAUACGGGACACAGAAUCUUGGGCAUCAUCAACAGCACCAUCGAGACGGCCAACGGCACAAUGCAAAACAUGGCACAACAGGACGAGCGGCUGCGCAACACGGAGCGUAACCUUGACUUGGCCAGGAUUCACAACCGUACUGCAGAGGAGCGAACCAAGGAGCUCAAGCACUACAACCGCAGUUUGUGGAACCCAGGGAACCCCUUCAUGUCCAAGUCCAAGCAGGAACAACGCGAGCGGAAGCAUCUUGAGAAUACCCAGAAGGAUCGAGAGCUUCGCGAAGCCACGCGCGCGGACGCAUACGAGUCGCAGGCUCAGUAUGAGCGCGAUCUCAAGGAUAUUGAGACGAAUAUGGCCAACCGCCGAGCCCUUGGCCUGUCUUCGUCGGAGAAGGCGGCGAGCAACAACAAGUUUGUGUUCGACGAGUCGGAUGAGGAGGACGAUAACCCUGAGAACAUGGCCCUGCGCGCAGACCGCCGGGCGAAGGAGGACGAGAUCAACAACAAUAUCAUGCCUCAGAUGGAAGCGGGUGUGGCCACGCUCAAUAGAAUUGCACGAAGCUUUGCACCGCGCAUUGAGGAAUCCAACCAGCUCAUCGGCAGGCUCCAGACGAAGAGCGACGGUGUCAGUGACGGUGUUGAAAGGAACAAGCAGCAGCUGGACCGCAUCUACAAAAAGGGUUAAGCAACUGGCUGAUGAGGGGCGAACUGGUAGAGAAUGCAUGUGUGUCGAUGACAAUGAGCUGCUUUUGUCUUUUAUAGUCUUUGGCUGCGCCGUUAAGGACAGAUAUAUUGGGUAUUUCAAUUUUUUUCUGCAUAAUCAGACAGAUUCCCUGCUGAAUUCUUACACUGGUCAGGGAGCUCUACUGAUGAAUUCCCCUGUGGGUGCGAUGUGUUGAUGGUUACCUAGAUACCUAAUCGGGAUCAGGAUUAGAAUCAAUUGAUGACAGCUGAAACCUA